ACUACUUCGGGCGUGAUUAUUGGGAAGGAAGUAUGCUACGAUUCUCACUGUUCGCGCUCAUUUUCUCGGCAUACCUUUUGCCGAGCCUCCGGUGGGAGCUUUGCGGUUCAAGAGGCCAGUUGCCAAAAAGCCCUGGGGAGGGCAACUUCGUGCGGUCGAGUUCUCGAAGCCGUGCUUUCAGAGGCGAGGCAAGGUUCCUGCGGGGCCGUGGCAGGCCGAAGAAAGCGAGAGCAGCGAAGACUGUCUGUACCUCAACGUCUGGACGCCGUCGAACCGUUCGUCGGACGUUCCGUUGCCCGCCAUGUUGUGGCUGCACGGAGGCUCGUUCAGAAUUGGGUCGGCCAACCUAGACGUGUACGACGGCAGCGUUCUGGCCAGUUACGGACAGAUGGUCGUCGUGUCGACGAACUACAGGCUCGGCGCCUUCGGUUUCAUGAAUGCCAACACGUCCGACGUGCCGGGAAACGUGGGCCUGUGGGACCAGUACCUCGCGCUGCGAUGGCUGCACGAAAACGUCGGCGCGUUCGGCGGCGACGUUGCUGGCUCUCUCGCCGCUGACCAAGGGGCUCGUCAGAAGGACCAUCAUGCAGAGCGGGACACCGCGGUGGCCCCUGCAUCUGGAGAACGAAAGUGGCACAGCCGCUGCGUUGAGGCGGGCGCUCGACCUCGCUCGAUGCGUAGAUUGCCUCUCUGGUGA